AUGGGUCAUCAACAAGAACAUGAUUUCAAUGGCUCAUCAACACUACUACCACUAGAACCGGUGGUAGUCGUGAUGUUUCCGUUUCCAACACAAGGUCAUUUCAGCGCAGUAGUACACUUAUCCCAUCUCUUAUCGGCACGAGGAAUACCCGUUCAUUUUAUCUGUACAGCCGUGAACAUUCAGCAAAUAACACAGCGUGUGCAAGCGGGAAAUCUCUCCGCUACCAACCCGAUACAGUUUCAUGAUUUGGGGAUUCAUUCGUUCCCUUCACCUACUCCUGAUCCAAAUUCUUCCAACAAAUUGCCAGUCCAACUAGCACCCACUUUUGAAGGCGUAGUGAACUUCCACCAGCCCCUUGCGGAACUCAUAAGCUCUCUCUCAGCCACUGCUCAACGGGUUGUCCUAGUUCACGACUGUUUCAUGGCUUUCGCUGUCGAAAAAGCCUCCUCAUCAGCCAAGAUUCACAAUUUAGAAGUGUAUUGUUUCAGUCCUUUUACGAUUUUCACUGCCUUGUAUACCAGAUGGGAGAUUUAUGGUCGACCAAACUGGCCUAGCUUUGAGUAUCUUAAGGAGUAUUCGCAUCAGCUGACAAUAGAUGGCUGCUUACUCGAUGGAUUUUUCGAAAAAAUAAUGUCCCCGCAGAUGAAACUGGCAUCACAGAUAAGUUCCGGUUAUAUAUAUAACACAUGCCGUCCUUUAGAAGGGAAGUUCAUCGACAUAUUAUUAUCUGUCCCGCCUUUUCAAGGAGGGAAUAUGACUUUGUGGUGCCUUGGGCCAUUAGUAGGACGAUUACCAGCUGUUGGAGGGACACCGCAGAAGUCGUCAGCAGCGUCAGUAAAGUCUCGCUACAAAUGCCUAGAAUGGUUAGAUGCACAACCUCAAAAUUCAGUACUGUAUGUAGCAUUCGGAACUGCAACGACAUUGUCAGAGGAAGAAAUAAACCAACUCGCAAAGGGGCUGGACUGCAGUCAACAUAGGUUUAUUUGGGUUUUUAGAGAAGCAGAUCGAAACGAUGUCGUUGAUGCUAAUAACGAAGUCCGGAGAAUUGGUCUACCCAUUGGCUUUGAGAAGAGGGUCACCGAAGGAGGAAUGGGUAUGAUAGUGCGGGAUUGGGCACCACAGGUUGAGAUAUUGGCACACCCGUCAACAGGAGGUUUUUUAAGCCAUAGUGGUUGGAACUCUGUCGUGGAAAGCUUAGGCAUGGGUGUGCCUAUGGCAGUUUGGCCUAUGCACUCGGACCAUCCCUGGAACGCUGUGCUGGUGACGGAGGUGUUAAAAGUUGGCGUGUUUGUUCAAGAAUGGGCUAAUAGAAACGACCUAGUUUCUUCGACUAUGAUUGACAAAGUGGUUAGGAAACUGAUGGAUUCCGAUGAUGGGAAGGACAUGAGAAGGCGAGCAGAGGAGUUGAGUCUGGCUCUUCGGAAGUCUGUAUUACCAGCAGAAGGGAUGAGUUCAACUGAAGAGUUGGAUUUGUUCAUCAAGCAUAUCUCUAGAUCAUUGAAGAUAAAACUCUUUAAAUGUUGCUUUUAUUUCUUAUCUAUAAACAGUGUGCGCGCGUAUGUUUGUGCUUCAUUUUUCUAG